AGUUCUACUCGUACAGCAUGGAGAUCAAACAAAGCAUCGUAAUUCACAUUUUCAUGUUGAUCGUAGGAGGUAGAGUAUGUUCAGCAGUAAAGCAACUUAUAGUGACAGAAGGUGACAUAUUGGUUUUGAAAUGUCUUUGGAAAAACUCCAGCGAGAAAGUGCAUUUGGAGUGGAGAAAUCCUCAAGGCUACAUCAUGUUCUUCAAUACACACAGAGUUCUGAGAGACCCAAGAAGCAAUGUCUUUACUUUAAACGACUCAGAAUAUACAGUUCAUGUGUCUAAUGUCACUCUCAAAGACGAAGGGGUUUACAAAUGUGUACAGUAUGAAGACAAAGUCAUAAUAAAAAAAUACAAAGUAAAAGUUUUGGGAACCCCAAAAAUAGAAAUGGCCAAGCAUGGCGAUAAAACUAUCAUCCAAUGUUCGACAGAAUCAAAUGGCCACCCACCCGAACUGUCCUGGGUACUGAGUGGGGUUGAGAUUGAGGCCCAACCCAAUACACUGUGGCAUUAUGGAUCCAACCGGUCAGUGGCAGUUAGUGUAUUAAAAAUCAAAACUCAUAUCAGGCAAGCUACGGUGAAAUGCUUGGCAAAAUACCAAGCUCUCCCAAAGCCACUGGAGAAUAUCAUCACCAUUGGAAAUGAUGCUGUUACAGCCUCCAUAUCAAGCUUUUUCAGUACUAGAGAUAUACUAAAAACCGAGACAAAGAUCAAAGUCACUUCUGCCCCUGUCUUUAGCAGUACAGCACACAUGGAAUUGUCAUCAAAUUCAGAAAGUAAUGAAGUGUUCUCAACUGGAGAGAGCCCUAAAUCAGACAGCACGCAAGUAGAAGACAUUUCUACAGCCACAGAGAUAAGCUUGAUAACACACAGCAGAAACUUAUCAGAGUCCAAUUCAACUGAAGGACUACAGACCAAAAACGGCAGCUCAGACAGCACACAAGGUUUUGGCAUAGAGAUCGAAGGUGAAAAAGACAAUCGAAAUGCUCAAAAAUACAGCUCACCAUUGCUGGUCCUGCUGGUGACGUGUCUUAUUUUCUGCUUGCUUAUUGUUGUCAUCUUCUUCGUGACCAGAUUGCUAAAGGCACAUAUAGCCUGGAAAAAAGAAAAUGAAGAAUCAGACCAGUCUCAGGAAAGCAACAAAUCAAAAUCCAGCCAUGAAGAUAAGCAGUCUAAGGAAAGGAGAAGACAAGGUUUUUGGAACUCAAAUUUCACGGAAUACAGAGUGGAAGAAACUUCACAGAAUGAAGCUAAAUCAAAUGCUACAGUAGAUGUGAUCACUGAAACAGAAGACAGUUCACGAACAGCUUGUAGCACACUGGGAGCCGCUUGCGUCAAGGAGACCGAACUUUAGAGGAACAUUCAGCUGGAUCUAAAUCCUCUUAAGAGACUAAACUGAUUUUACAGUUUUUAAUUAACAAUGGUGCUCAGUUGUUGGGGGGGUUAAUAAGCAUUGAAUAUAGGUUGCCUUUUGUAUUGUAUUUACUUUUUUUAUAAUUGUAUGAUCGUUUAUGAAUGUAAUGUUGAUACAUAAAAUGUAUUGUUUUGCCAGUUUAGAUUAAAAAAAAUACUGAAUGUACACUAAAUGAAAUCAGUGUUUAAUU